AUGGUCUUGCUGAGCACGUUGCUGUCGCUCGCGGGUCUCGCGGCCGCCCAUCCCGCGCGCGGACCUGCCUCCUCCCCGCAGUGGAAGAAUCGCGCGGCGGCUCUCAGCAGUUAUCGGUUCGGGGCUGCGUCGACCUAUACUUCUUUUGACGUCUUACCGGCCAAGGACUCUCAACGCAUCAGGCGGGAACGUGAUGGCGCCGUUGACUAUGUUGACAUCGCGACACGAACCCUUCGGGAGGCUAUUCCCAGCGCUGCGUUUCGAUUGAUAGAUGAUGCUUAUGUGGGAACCAACGGUGUUGCACACGUUCAUUUUCAGCAGACUGUUGAUGGUGUGGAUGUGGAUGAUGCCAGCUUCAAUGUCAACAUCCUCGAGAACGGGACUGUUCUGUCUUUUGGAAACUCUUUUGCCAAGCAAGAUCUGCACAGAAGAAACUACGGAGAUAUAGAGCGCGACCCUCUCGUGGCCUUCAAGAACGCCGUCGAACUCUUGAAUCUCCCCAUCAGCGACGCCUCGAGCGCCACCGCGGAGCCAACUGACGAGGCAGGGCUGUUCGUCAUCCGAGGUACUAAAGGCUCGUCCUUAGACCCGAAAGCCAAGCUGGCCUAUGUCCGACAUGAAGAGACUGUUUUGCUAGUCUGGAGGCUGGAGACCAACAUUGAUGAUAACCAGCUCCUCGUUUACGUAGACGCCGACACCGGGACGUCAGUCUCCGGCGUAUACGAUUCUGUGAAGACUGCGAGCUACGAAGUCUACCCAUGGGGAUCCGGCAACCCGACAGAGGUAGAUCGCAAGCUCGUGGUCAACCCGGAAACCACGGCCUCGUCACCAUUCGGUUGGCAUUCCGAUGGGACUCAGAGCUUCACAACGCUGCGCGGCAACAAUGCCUUCAUCACCUACCCUGGGGGCAGCACGCCCGCCAAUUCUCCGUCCCUCGUCUUCUCCUACCCCUACUCGCCAGUCGCCAGCGGCCAGCGGUACACCGAAGCAUCCGCCGCGCAGGGUUUCUACACUGUCAACAAGUUCCAUGACAUCCUGUAUGCUCUCGGCUUCAACGAGCCUGCGGGCAACUUCCAGACGAACAACAACGGCAAGGGCGGAGCAGCCGGAGACCCCCUCAACCUCACCAUCCAAACCAUGACCGGAACGGCCUUCAUUACCAUACCCGCAGACGGAACCAGUCCUCGGAUCCAGAUGAGCAUCUGGUCCGGCAGCCUCGCGCGCGACAGCGUGUUCGACACGACAGUCCUCCUCCACGAGUACAUGCACGGCGUGACGGCCCGGCUCGUCGGCGGCCCAGGCAGCGGGCGGUGCCUCAGCAACAUGGACGGCCUCUCGAUCGACGAGGGCUUCUCGGACCUUGUGCCCACGAUCCUGCGCGUCAAGGCCGGCGACACGCGCAGCAAGGACUACACCAUUGCCGACUGGGUGACGGGCCAGCCGGUGGGACUGCGGUCGCACUACAUCUCGACGAGCCUGGCGACGACGCCGCUGACGUUCGAAUCGCUGAACCGGCUCGUCGUCUCGGGGGGCUUCGACCUGGCCACCGUCUGGGCGUCGGCCUUCUACGACAUCUUCUGGAACCUGGCCGACGCGCACGGCAUCGGCGACGUCGACAGCGUCGUGCUCGACGCGGCCGGCGUGCCGAGGGGCGCUCGGUACCUGCUUCUGAAGCUGAUCCUCGACAGCGAGGCCCUCAUGCCGUGCAACGCGAACCAUCUCCAGGCGCGAGAUGCGUUGCUGGAGGCCGAGCGCGUCCUGACGGCAGGCGCUAACCGGUGUGCCAUCUGGAAGGGGUUUGCGCGGCGAGGGUUCGGGCAGGACGCGACGGUGGGUAGUGGCACGCAAGGUCGUGUAAAUGGAUUUGCGGUCCCGUCUGGGUGCUAG